UGUUGUAGUGAGAAACAGCGAACACACACACACACACAUACACACAUACAGCGAGAGAAAAAGAAAGAAAAGUUGGUGAAGAUGCGGUGAAGCAGCAGCGAAGCAGCCGGACUUUAGUUCAGUGUGGCGGGGUUCAGCUCUUCUCUUGUAGCCGCUGUGAGGAAGAGGAUGACGGCGGGAGACGGUUCAGAGAUGACUGAGGUGCACGUGGAUCCUCAUCGUCCACUGUGAAGCCUCCACAUCACUUUAUUUAUUUUUAGUUUUUUUUGUUGUUGACCUGAGUUGUCGCAGCAGCAGCUGAAUUUCGGAGGAGGAUCAUGUCUUUUUUAGUGAAGAAGAAGAAGUUUAAGUUUCAGGUGAACUUCACUCUGGAGGAGCUCACAGCUGUGCCGUUUGUCAACGGAGUGUUGUUCUGUAAGAUCCGCCUCAUCGAUGGAGGAGACUUCGCAAUCCUGUCAUCCAGGGAGGAGGUGCAGCAGAACUGCGUCCGGUGGAGGAAGAAGUUCUCCUUUGUGUGCAAAAUGAGCGCCAAUCCGAUCACGGGCGUGCUGGACCCGUGCAUCUGCAGAGUCUCUGUCCGCAAGGAGCUUAAAGGAGGGAAGGCCUUUUCAAAGCUCGGCUUUGCCGAUCUCAACAUCGCCGAGUUUGCAGGAUCAGGCUUUAUGGUUCGCUGCUGCAUCCUGGAGGGUUACGAUACGAAAAACAUGCGUCAGGACAACUCCAUCCUCAAGGUGAUGAUCGCGAUGACCCUUCUGUCGGGAGAUCCCUGCUUUAAAACGCCUCCCAGCACGGUCAAAUCCGUCUCCACCAGCGACGAGGACCCCAACCUGCAGCUGGACCGCAAGGGCGAGAGCACCGAUGCCACGUCACAGCCACUGGGGGGCGUUGUGGAGGGAUCCCGCGUCUUCAAACCCCGACAAUCAUCAGUACGGAGCGCAGGUCUGCCUGAUGAGCGAGGGAGUCCAGACGACGUCUUUCAAUCCGGUCAUUUCCGCAGCUCCAGCUACGCCAGCCAGCACAGCAAGAUAUCAGGCUACAGCACAGGUCACUCCCGCUGCUCCAGCCUGACCGACCUCAGCCACCACAGGAACGCCUCCUCCAGCAGCAGCGCCUCCUGCGGACCCACCCACUCUGCCCAGCUGCCGCCGCCGUCCACCCCCACUGAUUCCCCGAGGCAGGCGACGCCCACCCGACCGGAGAGACCGCCUCCCCCCUCUGCUGUCGCCCUCAUGUCCAACAGAUCGUCCAGGAGGAAGAAGGACACCGUGGAGAGACAGCCGAGCUGCGUGGACGACACUCGGAUCGAUGCCGACGACAUCGUGGAGAAGAUCGUCCAGAGCCAGAACUUCUCUGACAGCAGCAACAAUGAAGACAGCAACCUGAGACUGUUUGUCAGCAAAGACGGGACCACGGCCCUCAGGGGGACGCUCGCCAGCAGAGGAACUCCUGGUACGUUUGAACCGGUGGUCAUCGAGACUCACUGAGACACGGACACAUCUGUGAGAUCUGAUCAAUAUAAGACGACUAUGAUACAGAUGAUGAUAUAUUAGGUACCAGAUUUUCCCAAAUAGAGUCCUGUUGAACUGGAGAUGCUAAAGCCACAGUGUGUUGGAUUUAGCAGCAUCUACUCACCUCACUCUUCCCUUCUCAGCAUGUAGGUGAAACUACGGUGGCCUUCAGUUGUCGUUUAAACUCUGUUUUUAAUUUGUCCACGAAAAACACGCCACUCCAAAUUUCUCCACUCCUGACGUAAAAAAUAUAACAUAUAUAUAUAAACAGCUCAUUCUGUGGCAAUGAAGACAACAAUUCUUACAAAAACAUUUUAUAAAUAAUCUUACAUAAAUCUUAAACACUGGACCUUUAAUAGAAAUAUUGCAUAUAUUACAUAUUGUAAUAUUGCAUUUUGGUGCAUAUUGGACUCCAGAACUUAAAGGUCCAGUGUUUAACAUUUAGGAGAAAUUACGUUUUAUUUAUUCAUGUUUCUACAGGAGCCCAGAGAGACCAAACCAGCAGAAACCGAUUAAAAAAAUGAAAAAGAAAGACAUAAUCUCUGUAAAAUGGAGGCGUGAGUGAGAGUAGAUCCUCUCUAUUUGUCGCAAUCUACCGUCUGACCACGAGAUGUAACAAAUUCUGACGCUGCGGUCACACCUGAAUGUGAAGUUCUGCAUCGCGUCCUUUUAGGCCACAAAAUCGUCUUUGUGUUUUGAUUGACCAGGAGACUCCAACAAGUAGCUUGCAAGUCCCUUUCCAAGUAGCUUGCAAGCUACCAGUAGCUCCUAGUCCCUUUCCAAGUAGCUUGCAAGCUACCAGUAGCUCCUAGUCCCUUUCCAAGUAGCUCCCAAGCUACCAGUAGCUCCUA